AGUUCAGUUCCCUGGGUGUUUUAUCCAUGCAGCUCGGGAAGUUUGAACUCAAUGCUUUGUUUUGUUUGUUGCAGUACUAUGUUUUUUGCACCAAAAAAAACUUGGAAGAUGAUUCUGCGUUUUGAACUGUAAGUUGGUGUGGGAGUCAGACAGACAUUGGGACCCAUCGAGAUGUGCAGCUUGAUUCUCAGGCGGGACAGGAAGUAGACAUUCCAGGAGGUGCUGAGGAUCGUCAAGAUGGCCUCCAUCGCCAACCCCGUUCACAGCCAAAAUGCCCUGGAAUAGAGUGUGGCAACGGAGAUGUGGGCCGGCGUUGCCAUGGUGAUCAUUUACACAAAAUUACUGGAAAAGAAGCCGGGUGUCAACGAUGUAAAGUCCAAAGUCAAAGAGACCCAUUUGGAGCUGAUCAAGACAGAGACCAUGAGCCUUCAGGGGACAGCACUCUUCUCUUAUGGAGUCAUGGAUACCGGCAGCAGGUGGGGUGACGUGGGUCUGGGCCGGGGGUGUUGUGGAGCCCUGCCUCACCAGAGACCCUCAGUGGAGUCCUGUUGCCUGGAGAACCUGUGGGAUGUCCUGCCCUCCGAGGUUCUACCCCUCCACUACUACCCGAGCCCAGUCAGAGACACGGGACUGGGUCCCGCCAGCAUCACCUCCAUCCCGGGCGCCAUCACCGGCCUGCUACAGGACCUGAGCCUGGGUGAGACGUCAGCCGCCGUAGCCUCCUCACCCUCCACCGCUCCACCCUCCAAACGCCAGUGCCGCUCCGUCUCCUGCUCAGAGGACCUGGGAGGCCGGUCGUCGGCCUGGAGGCCCCAGGGGUCUGGGGUGUGGACGGCUGUGGCGAAGAGGCGAUCCCACAGCGGAGGAAGUGUCCAGAGAGGAUUUGCAACAGGAGGAGGGACACGCUCUCAGCAGCUUGGGUUCCCUGCCAUGCAGCGUAGCUUCAGCUUCAGCCUGCCAGCUCGCUCCAACACCCUCUCACUGGAUCUCACUGGCUUCACCCCCUGCCCUUCCUACUUCAGCGGCUUAGCCCCUCCCUCUUACUCCUCCCGGUCCUCAGAGCCCCCCAGGCCCUUCCUCUACCUCUCUCGUGAACAGAUCUGCCUCCCAGAGAUGAAGCGCCGUGCUGGGCAGGGGGGGCUGGCCCGGAGUCGCUCUCAGCCCUGCGUCCUCAGCGACAAGAAGACGGCGAUGAAGCGGAGGAGACCAGCCGACUCACACAAACAGAGGCCUUCUCUGGACCUGACCAAGAUGACACAGAAACUUCGGAAUUUCCAAAGCCUCAGCUGCCCUGGGAUCACUGGGGACAACAGCUAUCAAUCAACCCAGGGCCCGCCCCCUCUGAGGACUACUGACCAAUGUGAGACUGACUUUACCUCUGCAGGCGAUCAGGGAUUGGACGAGCCAACCGCCAGAGUUGUCACAGGUGUCUCUGGGGAGGAGGAUCCAGCCAUCUCCAUCGAGGAGCUGGAUUGGCUGAGCUCCCCGGUCUGCGACGACGUGGCAGAAGGGGCAGCCACGGGCACCAGGAAGGAUGUGUAUCAGCUGGGAGGAGAUCUGGACAUCGAUCAGAUCGAGAGGAACUGAACCCGGGUCGUUUUCAUUAGGCACCAAACGGAACAAAACGGACUGAAACGAGGAGAGAGAACCUGGAUAUGUCCAAUGAGAAAUGCUGCAAAAUGUUAAUGCAUUUUUUUUUUCUCAUGUUCCCGAAUGAACAUGACCCUGAACUAUUCUUACCACCCUCAGGAGAAUGGGACUGAAUGACCCUGAACUAUUCUUACCACCCUCAGGAGAAUGGGACUGAAUGACCCUGAACUAUACUUACCACCCUCAGGGGAAUGGGACUGAAUGACCCUGAACUAUUCUUACCACCCUCAGGGGAAUGGGACUGAACUAUUCUUACCACCCUCAGGGGAAUGGGACUGAACUAUUCUUACCACCCUCAGGGGAAUGGGACUGAAUGACCCUGAACUAUGCUUACCACCCUCAGGGGAAUGGGACUGAACUAUUCUUACCACCCUCAGGGGAAUGGGACUGAAUGAACAUGACCCUGAACUAUUCUUACCACCCUCAGGGGAAUGGGACUGAACUAUUCUUACCAGCCUCAGGAGAAUGGGACUGAAUGAACAUGACCCUGAACUAUUCUUACCACCCUCAGGAGAAUGGGACUGAACUAUUCUUACCACCCUCAGGAGAAUGGGACUGAAUGAACAUGACCCUGAACUAUUCUUACCACCCUCAGGGGAAUGGGACUGAACUAUUCUUACCACCCUCAGGAGAAUGGGACUGAAUGAACAUGACCCUGAACUAUUCUUACCACCCUCAGGAGAAUGGGACUAAAUGACCCUGAACUAUUCUUACCACCCUCAGGAGAAUGGGACUGAAUGACCCUGAACUAUACUUACCACCCUCAGGA